AAAUAACCGCAUUGUGGCCACAACUACUACAAUCAUCUGCAAUUACUGCUUUUGCGACGAAAGACGAAAAAAAAAAAAAACCAAAACAGAAGUCAGCUCAAGCGACAAGAGAGAUGGCUCGUACCAAGCAAACCGCUCGUAAGUCCACCGGAGGAAAAGCUCCAAGGAAGCAGCUUGCUACUAAGGCUGCUCGUAAAUCUGCACCAACCACUGGUGGAGUCAAGAAACCACAUCGUUACCGUCCUGGAACUGUUGCUCUUCGUGAAAUCCGUAAGUACCAGAAGAGUACUGAGUUGUUGAUCAGGAAACUCCCAUUCCAGAGGCUUGUUCGUGAGAUUGCUCAAGAUUUCAAAACUGAUUUGCGUUUCCAGAGCCAUGCUGUGUUGGCUCUCCAGGAAGCUGCUGAAGCAUACCUUGUUGGUCUCUUUGAAGACACUAACCUCUGCGCCAUUCAUGCCAAGCGUGUCACCAUUAUGCCUAAGGAUAUUCAGUUGGCUCGUCGUAUCAGAGGUGAACGCGCUUAAGAGGCCUACCAAGAAACAACCGAUCAGGUUUUAACUUCGCUCUGCGGAUUUGAUUCAAGAUUGAUUGGUCUACUACUAGUUUUUUUUCUUGCUCUCUCUCAAUUGCUGUGUUUUUUUUUCUUCUUAAUUUCGGGUAUGUUAGUAGGGAGUACCAAAUUAGUAAGUAACAAGUCUGCAAUCUUGUGUUCUUUAAGCUUAUGUGUAUUGCAAACUCUUUUUAACUCUUUGUUAAAUUAUUAUGUUUUCUUAACUUAGUUUGUCACCAUAUCUUUCUC